GGUGGGUGCACCCCCAUUCUCCCCCCAGCCCCGCGGGCUCCAGGGCCGGAGCCGUGACGUCACGGCGGCUGGAAGUGCCCGGCGGUGGCGCGGGAGGGGGUGGCCGAGCCGGCGCCUUAUAAAGCUGAGCCCGCGAGGCGCGCAGAGCCGCAGCCGCGCGUCCCCAGUGUCACCCCAUCCCCAUCCCGCGGGCCACCGCCCCCUUGGACCUGGUCAUCUUGCCACCGCGGCCCUCUAUCCCCACCCCCCGUGGGGUGGGUAAGCGACAGCUUGAGUGCCGAGCAAAAGGGACAGAACACCUGCUUUUUGGGGUGCUGGCGCGGGGCAUGAGGCGAGGGGCGCGAUGUCGGUGCCGCUGCUCAAGAUCGGGGCGGUGCUGAGCACCAUGGCCAUGGUCACUAACUGGAUGUCGCAGACGCUGCCCUCACUCGUGGGACUCAACAGCACAGUGUCCCGCGCGGGCUCCUCGGAGAAAAUCACUCUCUUCCAGAGCCCAGAAGAGGGCUGGCAGCUCUACACCUCAGCCCAGGCACCCGACGGCAAAUGCAUCUGCACAGCUGUGAUCCCUGCACAGAGCACCUGUGCCCGAGAUGGUCGGAGCCGAGAACUUCGGCAGCUCAUGGAGAAGGUUCAGAAUGUGUCUCAGUCCAUGGAGGUCCUGGAAUUAAGGACAUAUCGGGAUCUCCAGUAUGUUCGCAGCAUGGAGACGCUCAUGCGGAGCCUGGAUGCAAGGCUCAGGGCAGCUGAUGGGUCAGUCUCAGCCAAGAGCUUCCAGGAACUGAAGGACAGGAUGACUGAGCUGCUGCCCCUGAGCUCGGUGCUAGAGCAGUACAAGGCAGACACACGGACCAUCGUGCGCCUGCGGGAGGAAGUGAGGAACCUUUCUGGCAACCUGGCUGCCAUCCAGGAGGAAAUGGGCGCCUACGGGUACGAGGACCUGCAGCAGCGCGUGAUGGCCCUGGAGGCACGACUCCAUGCCUGUGCGCAGAAGCUGGGCUGCGGGAAGCUGACAGGGGUCAGUAACCCCAUUACCAUUCGGGCCAUGGGGUCCCGAUUCGGCUCCUGGAUGACGGACACAAUGGCCCCCAGUGCGGACAGUCGGGUCUGGUACAUGGAUGGUUAUUACAAAGGCCGCCGGGUGCUGGAGUUCCGUACUCUGGGAGACUUCAUCAAAGGCCAGAACUUCAUCCAGCACCUGCUGCCGCAGCCAUGGGCAGGUACAGGCCAUGUGGUGUACAACGGCUCUCUGUUCUACAACAAGUACCAGAGCAAUGUGGUGGUCAAGUACCACUUCCGGUCGCGCUCCGUGUUGGUGCAGAGGAGCCUCCCAGGGGCUGGCUACAACAACACCUUCCCCUAUUCCUGGGGUGGCUUCUCGGACAUGGACUUCAUGGUAGACGAGAGCGGGCUGUGGGCUGUGUACACCACCAAUCAGAAUGCGGGCAACAUUGUUGUCAGCCGGCUGGACCCUCACACCCUGGAGGUCGUGAGGUCCUGGGACACCGGGUACCCCAAGCGCAGCGCCGGGGAGGCCUUCAUGAUCUGCGGCGUCCUCUAUGUGACCAACUCUCACCUGGCCGGAGCCAAGGUCUACUUUGCCUACUUCACCAACACGUCCAGCUACGAGUACACAGAUGUGCCCUUCCAUAACCAGUACUCUCACAUCUCCAUGCUGGACUACAACCCCAGGGAACGGGCCCUGUAUACCUGGAACAACGGGCACCAGGUGCUGUACAACGUCACCCUCUUCCAUGUCAUCAGCACUGCCGGGGACCCCUAGGCGCCCCUGCAAAGGCCGUGGGAACCCCUCCCACACUGCCUGUGACCCUCAGCCUUCUCUUGGUCACGCCUUUCCCGUCCUAGAUCCCUUCUCUCCCCACCUUCCCAGCCCUGCUUUCUGUUCUCUGGAUACCAUCCAUGCAUUUUCUCCAUUUUACUGAUCUCUGCUUUUGAUACUUCACUUCUGAGUCUUUCUGCCUUUUUAUGGAUGCUUCUCUUCCUUAUUGAUCGAACUUCUCUCCCUCGGUUCUCUCCCUGUCCUCUUUCCUCCCCUCCCAGUUUCCCACACACUCCUUACCCCUCACUUCCCUCCGUACCUCUGGAUCUGAGUGCAUGGAUUUUUGUUUUUUAAUUUAUUCUUUACACAUUUUCUUUCCGGGUUGCCAGAAUAAACCGGACCUUUGACAUUUGAUGCCUGGGUUGUUUUGUACCCAGUAGUGGUUAGAGAAGGAGAUUUGGCUCCACUGAGUCCCUUUAAUGCCUUUAUUUAGUGUGACCUGAGGUGGAGUCCUGUUUAACACCCCUUUCCCGGGGUAGCUAGCCCCCAGGGGAGCCCACUCAAUCCAAAGGUGUUUCAAUCAAGAGCAAUUCAUUUAAAAGCAAUUGGGAUCAGAGCAACAGAAAAUUCUAUUAUGAUGAUGAAAACUGGUCUUCAAUGAAUAUUCCCUGGUUGCUGGCUCACCAUUAUCACAAUGGCACAUUGCUGAGCCGUCUGGAGAUGUUCUAAUGGCUUUUUAACAAGUUGGCUGCUUUUGAGAGGUUAGGUCCCCCGAUUUCUUUUCUGCUUUGUAAUUGCAGGAAUCGUUUCUACACAAUCGUUAAUAACAAGAUUCAAACUAACUUAAAAGGUGCACAGGGCCAGGUUUGGGGCAAACCCACUGCACUCCACAUGAAAAUUCUUUGACCUUUAAGAGGCUGGAACGGAGAUGUCAGGUAUUCCUCCUUAGGUAACCUCCUGCACCUAGCAAUUAUUUCUCAUUCUUCCCUAAUAAAUCUAUUUGCAGUGCUAAAAA